UGAGACAAAUACCUGUUCAACUUUGAGACAAAUACCAAUUUCCUUUAAAAGCCACACUUUAGACAAUUGAACUUGAACCUCUCAAUCAUUCCUUCUUCUCAUCUUUUUUUUCCUUUACUUUUGGGUUAACAAGCUAGCCCAAAUUGCUUGGUAGCUAUGUCGAACAAAAAGCUAUCUUCACCCUUAGGAGAAGCAAAGGUUCCAUUAUUACUACGAAAUGAAGAUGAAGAAGAACAACAAGAAGAACAAACUCUUACAAGAAAGGUUUUGAUUGAAUCAAAGAAGCUAUGGCAUAUAGUAGGUCCUGCAAUUUUCAGCCGUAUUGCAUCCUAUUCUAUGUUGGUCAUCACUCAAAUCUUUGCUGGCCAUCUCGGUGAUCUCGAACUUGCUGCUAUCUCCAUCGCCAAUAAUGUUAUUGUUGGCUUCGAUUUCGGACUCUUGUUGGGAAUGGCGAGUGCAUUAGAAACACUAUGUGGCCAAGCAUUUGGAGCAAAACAAUAUCACAUGUUAGGAGUAUACAUGCAACGAUCAUGGAUAGUAUUAUUCAUCUGCUGCAUUUUUUUAUUACCGAUAUAUCUUUUCGCAACGCCGGUGUUAAGAGUGUUGGGACAACCAGAGGAUUUGGCGGUAUUAUCAGGAGAAGUUGCAAUGUGGAUGAUACCGUUACAUUUCGCAUUUGCGUUUCAGUUUCCUCUGAAUAGGUUCUUACAGAGUCAGCUUAAAACCGCAGCUAUAGCUUGGGUUUCUCUGAUGGCACUUUUGGUUCAUAUUUUUGUUAGCUGGUUGUUUGUUUAUAAGUUUCAGCUUGGUGUGACUGGAACUGCUGCAACUUUGAAUUUCUCUUGGUGGGCACUAGCGAUUGGGCUUUAUGUUUAUACUGUUUACGGUGGUUGUCCUUUGACAUGGAAAGGGUUUUCUAUGGAGGCUUUUUCUGGCCUUUGGGAAUUUCUUAAACUCUCUGCAGCUUCUGGAGUUAUGCUAUGUUUGGAGAAUUGGUAUUAUAGAAUACUGAUAUUGAUGACUGGGAAUCUACCUAAUGCAGAGAUUGCAGUAGAUGCUUUGUCCAUAUGUAUGACGAUAAAUGGUUUGGAGAUGAUGAUUCCUUUCGCAUUCUUUGCAGCAACUGGAGUGAGAGUUGCAAACGAGCUUGGAGCUGGAAAUGGAAAAGGAGCAAAAUUUGCUACUAUAGUAUCUGUAUUGACAUCAUUAGCAAUAGGACUUUUCUUCUGGAUAUUGAUUUUGGCAUUGCACAAUAAAUUUGGUUACAUAUUUACUACUAGUAAACCUGUUCUUGAUGAAGUAAGCAAGCUUUCUCUUCUAUUAGCUUUCACUAUUCUUCUCAACAGCAUUCAGCCAGUUCUAUCAGGAGUGGCCGUUGGAUCAGGAUGGCAAUCAUAUGUUGCAUACAUAAACUUGGGUUGUUAUUAUAUUAUUGGAGUUCCUCUUGGAUUUUUAAUGGGUUGGUACUUUAAGCAAGGAGUUAUGGGAAUUUGGGCAGGGAUGAUUUUUGGAGGAACAGCAACUCAGACAUUAAUAUUGUGUUGGAUUACACUUAGGUGUGAUUGGGAGAAAGAGGCAGCGAAAGCAAAAUUGCAUGUUUCAAAGUGGUCAGAUAAAAAACAACAACUCGGGUAGUGUUUGUUUUGUUUAAGAUAUUUAGAAGAAGUUGAAAAAUGUAAUUGUUCAUUACUUCUUUGAAGGGGUUGUCUCUUUGUAACUAAAUUGGAUAGGAAUUAGUAUUAUUUGUACUGGGUUUUCGGUAUAUGAAUAUUUGUACUGGAUUUUGUUGGCUAAAAUUAUAUAGAUACUAUUGUUCAUUUAAAAAAUAAUUAAUCAGAUUUAUUAUAGUU